UAUAUAUCUGCAAUUCUACAUCUCCCUCCCAACGUGACACCUUUAGUUCGUUUAUAAUGAACUGAAUCUUAUUUUUCCCUCAUUUCUUCUGAUUCCUGUUCUCGAUGGCUCCCAAAUCUUUCGACUUCCCUUCUGCAGAUUCCGACUACCAGUCCGGCUUCGGAAACCACUUCUCAUCGGAGGCGAUAGCCGGAGCUCUCCCUCAGGGUCAAAACAGUCCACUGGUUUGCCCCCUUGGUCUCUACGCCGAACAGAUCUCCGGCACCUCUUUCACCGCUCCUCGCAAGCUCAAUCAACGAAGUUGGCUAUAUCGGAUCAAACCUUCAGUCACACACGAACCAUUUAAACCAAGAGUCCCCAAACAUGAGAAGCUAGUAAGUGAAUUCAGCCAGGUCAACAGUGCAAUCAACCCCACACAAAUUCGAUGGAAACCUGUUGAUAUUCCUGAUGAACCAACAGACUUUGUUGAUGGGCUCUAUUCUGUAUGUGGAGCUGGCAGUUCAUUCCUUAGACACGGUUUCGCCAUUCACAUGUACACUGCAAACAUAUCAAUGGAAAACUCUGCUUUCUGCAAUGCAGAUGGCGACUUCUUGAUAGUUCCUCAAACUGGAAGGUUGUGGGUCACUACAGAAUGUGGAAAACUACAAGUUUCACCUGGUGAAAUUGUAAUCCUCCCUCAAGGAUUCCGGUUUGCUAUUGAUUUACCAGAUGGCCCUUCACGUGGUUAUGUUGCUGAAGUUUUUGGUACUCAUUUCCAACUCCCUGAUCUUGGGCCAAUAGGUGCAAAUGGCCUUGCUUCCCCAAAGGAUUUCCUUGUGCCCACAGCUUCAUUUGAACAGGAAUCUCGUCCAGGUUAUACAAUUAUACAGAAAUUUGGUGGUGAACUUUUUACUGCUAGACAAGAUUUUUCACCAUUCAAUGUUGUUGCUUGGCAUGGCAAUUAUGUCCCCUAUAAGGUACACUUUUUUUUCAUUAUAGUUUCUUAUAUAUGUUUGAUUUACAAUCACGAGUAA